AUGCCAUUUUUUGGAGUUGAUGACGUUUUACUUCUUUUAGCGUCAACUACAGCGGUGUUAUGGGCUAAGCGCGCCGAUAUUGUCCAGGCCAGCGUCUACCGUGCUGUCAACUUCAUGACACAUAGUCCUAUUCUGGCCUCUAAAUACGCUAACGAAGCGGCCCGCAACCAUCAUGAGCCACCGCUAUUAUUACUGAAGGGGUUUGACCUACAAACGGCGAGGAAGAGCGUGGGACCGACUGAUUUUUUCAAAAGGCUUCCCGCUCUUGCAUCUGAUGGGCUGAGGCCUAGCCGGAUGUCUUAUGAUGAGCCGCGCAAGGGUCUGGUGCGGACAAGUCUUGUUAACGAAUACAGCGAGUGCUCAGCAACACACGAGGUGCCUGACGUCCCUCAUCGACGCUAUAAUCCCUACAAAUCAAAUCCAAACGUAACGGCACUGAUCGAUUAUUCUGAAGAGGAGGUUGCGGAGAACAUUCGUAGAUAUUCCGUCGCGGCGGUGCAUAGCCUCUUCACAAAAAUGGAGUCUGAGGCGAACUGGGAGGCUGUCAUCCGCGUCAGUCGGGGGAUCGAUCGCGCGCAGCUACGUCUGAGGUACUUAACUAAAUCGAACGUCGAGGCGGCGCUACGUGUUUUAAUAUCUUGUGCUACGUCGACGUCAGAACCCGCUAUACGAUCCGAUUUCCCUCUUACGUACUACUUUACUUUUGCGGAGGAUAUGCUUUUGGACGAUGGUAUCAUUAUAGCGCUGUUCGAUCUCAGUCGAUACAGCGAAGCGGCGAGUAUAGAGCUGUACAAGAGCCUUCUCCCAUUCCAAGCAGAGUGGUCGCCGGCGGUGUAUGCCUGCAGCCUCACCACAACCGCUCGUUUUAGCUACGAUAAAACCCUCAAGUUGUACGAGGAAUACCUUCAAGCCCAGAGACGAGGCGCGUGGACAUCCAACGCGCUCCUUCGGCCUAUUAAACAGGCGCUGGUGUCGUCUUCGGUGAUGCAAGAGGACGAAUCCUUGCCUUCCCGCGAUGUGGAAGCCAUCAGGCUGCAGUAUCUUUACCAUAUCAUGAUCCCCCUCGUGGUGGCGCGCGAUCCUGCGAGAGCAAAACAGUUCAUCGCUGACAUGUUGGCACACGAUCCUGAAUCCGCACCAGAUGUGUUUCUCAAGUGCCUUGCGAACGAUAUUGGGAAGGAAUUCGCAGAAACCUAUCUUAAAAAAACACUAGCAAAGAAGAAUGGGGGUGCCGAUGGUGCCUUGCUGAACCUUAACCACUCAUGCGAAGGGGGAUCGAGUCAGAUCAAAACGGAUCGGUGUGCUUUGGCAUAUUCCUUGUAUACUUUGAAGCCCUCCGUGAUGAAUUUGAACUCCUUGCUAAAGGUGAUUUUGCGCGCCGAGGCGAUGGAGGGCAGCGCUAUCCGCAGCUUACCGCAGUCCUGGGGCCGUGGCGUCUUUGAAUCCGUUCCUUUGACCUCCUCGCAGGAGGCGCUUAUUCUCGCGAGGUCUAUUACGGAGCAUCCCGCCUCCCACGCGGUUGCCGAGGUAUUUUUGGAGGCGAUGAUGCUCCGUAAGCAGUUUGUGGUGGUCCCCAUUCUCGCGUUUCACGUGGCCAGUCAGGGUCGUUGGGCGACGGCCUCGCGGGCGAUGGCUAUUUAUUUGAGCAAUCAGCGCGGGCGGUUUUCGCAGGAGGAGAUUAGUUUGUGUGUGGAGGCCGCCGUCUACGAGGGGAACUGGAGCAGCGCGCUUUUCUGGGUUGAGCGCGCUCACGCGAAGGGCCUGAAGCUGCCUGUUCGAAUCUACGAUACCGCCUUUAGCGUGAGCCCGCACUGGAGCUGGAAGGCCGCAUGGCAGGUGGUGAAAGACAUGCGUGCGGUGGGCGGCGUCUGCUCUAACGAUGGCGUGCUCCAUCUUCUGCAGGCCGCGACCGAGCAAGGAGCGACCGCCGAGGUGUUGCGUGAGCUUUCAGGUGCGUCUGGGGUUGAUUGA